AUGCAACCAGAAGUCACCCCUGAGACCUUCAUUGCCUACAAAGUCCUGGAGGUUUUCCCCAGAGGCCGCAGGGUGGCCAUAACGUGCCACUCACCCCAGGCACCCCCGCCCAUCACCUACUCCCUCUGGGGGAGUCAGGGCACCGAGGUCGCCAAGAAGGUGGUGAAGACCAGAGACCUGGCCUCCUUCAGCAUCAACAUCACGCUCAAGUCCAGGCCAGACCUGCUCACUUACUCCUGCAAGGCGGUCUCCCCCUGGGGCGAGCAUUCAGCCAGCACCAAGCUGCAGAUGUACUGGGAGCUGUGGACCAAGCCCGUGUCCCAGCUGCAGGCUACCUUCACCGUGCUGGACAGAGGAUCCGGCCCCAGGGUAGAGAUUUCCUGCCGGGUGUCCUCAGGCAGCCCACCCAUCACCUACCGCCUGGUGGGGAAGGACGGGUCCGUCCACAUGCAGCAGAGACCGAGCUAUGGGCAGCCUGCCGACUUCUCCUUCGCCCUUCCCAACACGUCCACCUGGCUCCAGUGCCAGGCUGAAAAUGACCUCAGUGUCCAGUCCAGCCCCUUCAAGCUGGUGCCCCCCGGACAGCCGCCCCAGGGGGCCAUCGUGACGCUGGCUGGCAGCCUCACCUCCAUUGCCGCUGUCACCUCUUGGUUACUGGGCCGGGCCUUGUGGACCAGGUAG